CCGACCCACAUCAAAAUACCACUCAACUCACUCUCUCUCUCUCUCUCCGUACACCCACUACUCUUCUCUCUCUCUCCCUCUCUCUCUCUCUACCUCUGCCCUAUCCCGACCAGUCCAGUCCCAUCCUCAUCCUUGAGUUUUGGACUCACUCUCUCCCUCCUCCAUAUUUAUCCCUCCACCUCCCUCUCUCGGUCCUCCCUUCUCUCUCUCCCUCUUUCUAUGUGUUGUCUUCUCUUUUCUUUGUCUUAUUGUUGAUCUACACAAUCUUCAUCAACUAUCUACACUCACUCUCUUUAACUUCUUCAAAGGAUUCUCUCUCUCUCUCUCUUUCUCUGAUCUGGGUGAUCUACAAUUCUCUCUCUCUCUAAAAAUGUCAGUGGACAUGGCGUCCGAUCGUGUUUGUUACGUCCACUGCAACUUCUGCAACACUAUUUUGGCGGUUAGUGUUCCAAGCACAAAUAUGUUGACAAUCGUGACAGUUAGAUGUGGGCUUUGUGCUUAUUUGCUCUCAGUUAAUAUGGGAGCUUUGCUUCAGUCUGUUCCUCUUCAAGACCUUCAGAAACAACAAUCCAGCAGUUUAGAAGAUGCAAGUAAGGAGAGUGGAUCAUCUUCUACAUGCAAUAAGUUUGGUUCAUUCGAGUCUGCUGAUCACGAACCUCCUACAAUGCCUCCUAUUUGCCCCCCAGAGAAGAGACAACGUGUUCCCUCAGCCUAUAACCGGUUCAUUAAAGAAGAGAUUCAAAGGAUAAAGGUCAGUAAUCCUGAUAUUAGCCACCGGGAAGCUUUUAGCACAGCAGCCAAAAAUUGGGCACAUUACCCUCGCAUCCACUUUGGGCUAAAGCUGGAUGGGAACAAACAAGCAAAGUUAAACAACUAAGUCAUUUUGCAGGAAAUGAAGACUCAAGAAAGAAUCUAAGUGUGAUUCUAUUAAAAACCAUGCCAUGUUUUACAUUAAUACUGCGAAUAAAAUAUGGUUUUGUGUCGAUGUAUAAACAUAUCUAAAUCUGAGGUUAAUCAACUAUGUCUAUCUCCUAACCAAACUGGACAGCCCUCUUUAAAACCUCAGCACCAUCCUAUAUUAUGUGUUAAUCUAUUUCUUUGA